GUGGUAGAACAGACGGUGGCGAUCGCACUGGUUGAUACAUAUAAGCAGCGAAGAGCUAGGUCUAACCAAAGACUGACUGGGCUAUUCUCGUUCGCUUCGUCAAAUUGUUACAGCAGAGAAUCUCCAUGGCACCACCUCCAGGACCCUAUUCUGGAACCAGCACCCUCGCCUUGGUGGCUCGUGCUUCCGCAUUCUCUCUUGGACUCGUCUAUGGAAGCAUUAAGCUCAAGGUCCUCAAGGCUAAGGCUAAAUCUCACCAGAAGGCUGCAGCAAAGGCUCAUCACUGAAGGAGGUGUUCUACCAGAAGUUGUGAAUGAGGAUCUGGGGAUAGGAAUAAUGCACAAGGGUGCUGUACCGACAUUUCAUUCUUAGAGCUUUUGUGGAUUAUGAGAACCUUGCUUAGAAGCUGCAAGGUAGUGAUUUUGAAUUGAGAAAUAUGAACUCAGUACUCUGAUGGUUUAUUUGUUGGCUUCGCCUAUUGUAAUGGCACUUCAAUUUCCAUUGCUUAGUGAAAUUACGAGGGUAGUGGUCCCUUGGUUUAGCUCUUUGGUAAUUAUUAUUAAUUAUUAAUUAGCUUCAAUUUCAGUAUUGAGUGGUUAAGCU